ACUCUAAUGAUAUUCAUGCUUUGUUUCCGUGCAGAUGCUGCAGUGGAGGAUGAUGACGAAAUGGUCGAUGGCAUGGCUCCGACUCCCAAACGGAGGAAGCUGGCGAGGGACAAUGGACUCCAAAAAGCUAAGUCCACAGGAAGAUACCCCGUCUUUGGCGGUGUGGUCGGUCCUGUCGAUCAACUUGAUCCGUCUGUAACUCCAUGCCUAGAUUUUGUUAAGUUACUUUGGCCCGAUAGUUUGUGUGAGUACAUAGCCGAACAGACCAACCUGUACGCUAGGCAGUGUGGUGCUAAGGGUUGGUCAGCUACAAACAGUGCCGAAUUGUGGGUGUUUUUGGGGAUUGUACUAGAGAUGGGCAUUCAUAGGCUCCCUGAAAUUACGGACUACUGGUCCAAGGAUCCCCUUUUAGGUGUACAAUGUGUGAGCAAUGUAAUGUCGCUCAAAAGGUUCCAAAGUUUAUGGCGGUAUCUGCACUGUGAGGACAAUACGUCCAUCACUGAUGCACGUAAGGUAACUAGCAAGCUAAAAACUGUUUUAGAGACUCUUAAAGCCAACUACUUCAUGAGGUAUAAUCCCAGUCAGGAGCUUUCCGUUGAUGAGAUGAUGAUAAAGUACAAGGGUCGUAAAAGCGGGAAAAUUCAUAUGCCCAAGAAGCCUGUUAAACUGGGGUUCAAGGUAUGGUGCUGCUCAUGUUCAUGCUGUGGGUAUCUCUGUGUGUUUGAUGUAUACAGUGGUAAGCUCACCGAUUCCUCUGGGAAAAAGAUAGCUGUGAAAGGGCUUGUGAAAAAUGUAGUCCAUCGUUUACUCACUCCUUUUUAUGGUCAUCAGCAUGUUGUGUACAUGGACAACUUUUACACGUCCGGUCCAUUGAUAGAAGAGUUGGCUAAGCAAAAUGUGUUUACUGUCGGCACAAUUUUGAAGAAUGCUGCUGGUUUCCCAGCAAGUCUUAAGGAUGUGGUACUCGACAAAGGUGACUAUACGUCCAUGACUGUUGGUGAUAUUUCUUACUCUAUGUUUAACGACCGUAGAGUUGUGUCCUUUGCAACAAAUGUGUUCCCUGACCAUAUGCCCCACACUGUAAUGCGAAUGCACAAAGACGGUACCCUACGCUCUCAGAGUGUCCCCCCCUGUCUCCCUGCAUAUAACAUGUACAUGGGAGGAGUUGACAAUACAGGGCGUAUGAGGAAAACCUAUGGGUACGAUAGAAAGUGUCGGCGGUAUUGGUUCAGGAUUUUCUUUCAAUUCCUUGACGUUAGUGUGAAUAAUGCAUACAUUCUAUACAGGCACAACUGUGUCAGGGUGGGUUCAAAGGCCAUGCCUUUGAAAGGGUUUCGAUUGGAACUAAUUCAUAGUCUAUUGGGUGUGCCACGUACUCGUAGCAGUGCCUCAGGUCUGGCCAGUCUAAAUAUCGUUUUCCCCCCAUCACAGGGCGCACGUGUGAGUGCAAAUAGUGUCGGAGUGUCUCGUGGGCGCUGUCAAGUGUGUGUUCGGGAGAAGAUCCCUAGCAGAGAGCAGCAACACACUGCAAUGGCAUGUCCCCACUGUCGCAUAAGAAUAUGCAAAGGACACUCUGUUAUCGGACACACAUGUGCUAGCUAAUGUGCUGUGUGACUGAUUUUUGUUAGAUGGUACUCUCCUGGUCUAAAUUGGCCUUGGAGAGGGGAGGAAAGGGGUAUUAUUUCAAUGAUUAAUAAAAUUGUGAUAAAGAAUUCAGUUGUAUAUGAGAGGCCCUAACCCACUCUGUUGUAAAUUCUGUUGUAAUUAUCUCUUUCCUUGGCAAUCUGUUGUAGAAAUUACAACAAUGGGUAAGGAAUCGUUAUGAUGAAUUAGAUGAAGUUGUAUGUGAGCUCCUCCCUGACAAACAAACUGUAGUCUAGGUAACCGCCUUAUCAGUCAAGUAGGCUAAAAAUCUGUGUCCUUUGAUGUAAGCUUUGAUGUCUCUUUGUGCAUAUGUAGUUAUAAAAAAAAAAAAAAAAAAAAAAGAAA